UGCUCUCUCUCCGGCUGUGCUCAGACCCUAUCUCUUAUCUCAUCCGCCCUCUGUCUGUUUACACGCUUAACAGUCCGUUGUUGACUGGAAGACAAUACGAAGAUCCUGCUUCUAGGCAGGUUUUCUACACGUGUUCUACUGCUCAGUAUGCCAGAACGCAUGGACUAAUUUAACGACGAUGGCUUCGUUGCGAAUGGUCGCCAAACUUCGAGCUGGAGUUAUCGGAUGUACUAAACCGUUCCGCUACGCACUCAAAACAACCCGAUCUCCGGUGAAAUUACUGCAUACGAUCCAUCCCAGACAGCCACAGUGGAGAUGUCCUCCCCAAGUGGUCUUCUGCAGUACUGUAGCACCCUCUAGUGAUGUGGUGUUGCAGUAUAAACAUGGACGUCCGGUGUUGGCUGUGCCACUACCCUCCAGGCAGGAGAGCUGUCUGUUCUUCCUCAGGCCCAUGUUAAUGACAGUAGGAGACCUCAUCCACGACCUGCAGAGAGAAGACCCAGGAGUCACCUCUGCCUCUGUGCUCACCAAGGAUGGUGCGCGGGUAGCUAACACCACCUCUAUAGACAAUCUCCUGGACAAAGACUUCCAGCUCCUCAUCAAUGAUGCUGUAUACAACAUCCACUCCCCUGAAAGAGAGGCGUCCAGUGUGUCCAGUGAGCAUGUGGUGGACGUGGAGGACAUGAAGCACAUGGUGCAGCUGCUCCACACGGCCCUCCACCUGCCUGACCACCACCUGCUGAAGGAGAGGCAGCUGCUGGAGAGACUGGAUGGACUCAAACAGGACCUCUCACCUCUGGAACAGGUGAAGGCACAGCUAGAGCGCAGUGCCGAGUUCCACUCCUCCAGGACUCUGUGGACAGGUGUGGCCGUGCUGUCUGUGCAGGGCGGGGCCUUGGCCUGGCUCACCUGGUGGGUGUACUCCUGGGACGUCAUGGAGCCCGUCACCUACUUCCUCACCUACUGCACCAGCAUCGGAGUCUUCGCCUACUAUGUCCUCACCAAGCAGGAUUAUGUCUAUCCAGACGCCAAAGACAGGCAGUUCCUGUAUUACUUCCACAAGGGAGCCAAGAAGGAGUGCUUCAACGUGCAGAAGUACAAUGAGCUGAGAGAGGAGUUGGCUUCGGUGGAAGAAGAUUUGAGACGUCUAAGGAAUCCAACCCAACUUCAGCUCCCUGUAGAACAGAUCCAGAGCCAGCCAUGAAGAGCAACACCACGUCAAACUGAAGGACUACUGAGCAGCAGCAUUUCUUCCCAUUUAUUUUGAUAACGAUUACUUUUUCUUACUAACCCCACAGAUCAUUUUAGAGUUUUGGUUUACACCGUUUACAAUGUUGGAAGUCAUUUGUGGUAAUAGAAGUAUAGUAAUAAAUAUCAUAUGAGAAAGCAUCUUCCUGAAUACUAAUCAUAUUUAAUCUGCAUUCCUGGCUGUUGCAGGGCGGGGCCUUGGCCUGGCUCACCUGGUGGGUGUAGCUAGUAGUAAACUAGUAGCUAGUUUCAUUUCUAUAGAAGAGCAACGUUCUGAAUAGUUUAAAGAUUAAGAGAACUGAGACUGAACACAAAUUACAUUUCAAUAUUUUAUUGCACCUCAAUUCAGACUUGUUUCAAUCAUCAAAACCCCAAACAUAUUUCAACAGUUUUACAACUGUCAUUUUAUAAAUGAGAGAUUCUAAUUCUAUAGGAGCCCCACACACCUCUCCAAAUUCUAGUAGUGCAAAUGCUAUUAGCGCAAACGCCAAUCUCCCAAAAGGUCAGAGACAAAUUUCCCUGGUGGACCACAUAACAAGAAAAGUACAAUACUCUUACUAAGCAGUGGUUCCUUGUAUUCACCCAUGGAGACUAAAACGGUCCUCAUUUUCUUGUACACUUCAGAAAUAGAAACAUGAAUUGGUGUCCAGCACUCAGGUUCACAUACAAAUUAGUAAUACCUUGUGCGUUGUCAUUGCUUUAGUAAAUAUCUCCAAGUGACUAACAAUGAUUUCUUUAUUUUUUAAACAUGAGAUGGUCGGUUGAUUGGUACCCUGAGUUGUCUUAUAUGAGCUAUAUAAAAUGCUAUUUAAAAAGAUUAACAGUACGGGGGGGGUGUAAUUGACCAAUAAAGUGAUCUUAUCUUAAGAUGAAAACAGCUGUCAAAUACCCUCAAUAAAAAAAGAAUAGUGGUAAAAAGCUGUUAUUUAAAAAGCCAUUGAUUUGAAUUACCAAACAAAGGCACUACCAUAGUGGCAGUAAACAAUGUAUAUGACUUC